UCCAGAGACAAAAAAACAUUGGCGAAAUCCCUUAAUAACUAUGUACUUCAUCGUAACUCAAAGCCGAUAGUUCAGUAGUGAUAAGUAAGUGAUUUGGGCGUUGUUCGCGACGAUGAAAACCGUUAUGUCUGAUGAAAAUCCGUUAGAGACGAGCAGGUCAAGCCUGCCCGUCGAGGCAGGCUGCAAAGGAAACCGAGCUGGUGGUCUUAAAACAGUUCACUUUAACGAGUCGCAGGUGACGAAGGCGAAAAUGCAACUGAUGCCGCGAAUCGAAGACUUUGUUAUCGUAAGAAACAUAAGUUCCGGCGCUUUUGGAAAAGUUGUUUUAGCAAGACAUCAACAUAAAAGUCAGCAGCAGCUGUACGCUGUUAAGGUGAUGGAAAAGGCACACAUGCUCGACAAAAACAUGGCCGACCGUGUUAAUAACGAAAAAAACGCGUUGGCGAUAAGUCAUUCAGAGUUCGUCGUAAAAAUUUUCUAUUCGCUUCAGAGUCGUAGCCGUAUUUAUCUGGUAAUGGAAUACAUGAUAGGAGGAGACCUCAAGGCGCUUCUAGCUCGAUUUACUGUUUUCACGGAGUACGCUGCUCGAUUCUAUAUCGCUGAGUGCGCUUUAGCCCUUGAGUAUCUUCACAAUUGUCCAUUGAACUUUUUCAGACAUGGUAUAAUUCAUCGAGAUAUCAAGCCAGAUAACGUACUUGUCGGUAGGGAUGGACAUGUAAAAUUGACUGAUUUUGGUCUCUGUAAUCUGGAGCGAAAGAAUGUGGAAAUCGGAGACAUAAUUGCGACUCCCCUCAAACGCCAAGUUAGUCAUAGCGGACAUAAUCCAACUGCUAUUGACAACAAUGAUAACAAUCAUCAGGACGAACAAGCAUUCGACACGUUCGUGCUCUCCAGAACAGAUGAGGCCUCAAGGAGGAUAAGACUACUCGACCUGCAGGCCAGAACGCCUGGACAGCUUAUGUCACUGACUGCUAAUAUACACAUGAGUCCCAUGUAUUCAAGUGGCUCGCAGAAUCCGUCAUUUCCGUCAGUAUUCGAUGCACGGAAAGCGCUAGCGAUGAGUAAAACAAACAACUCGAUUAUGUCACCCCAAAACAAGUCGAAUGAGCAUCUGUCAGGAAUAAGCGAUUGUCAGGAAUCAACGAUGUAUUACACGGCUCUGUCAAAUUCAACGGGAUCCUUAUCUGUCGCAACCCAAUUCCGUGACCUAAUUCUUACCUCAAAAAAUCUCAAUUCUUCCGAGGAGCUCAGCCCGCCGCAAGGGAUUCGCCACAAAACUCCGCUUGCAGACAUCACCAAUUUCUGUACCAACGAUGCUUUCCAAACUCAGUUAAAAAGCGUUCUGAAUACACCUGGAAGCGUCUCCUCUAAGUUUGCAACGCCUGACAUUUCACUCUCGAACAUUAGUAUUGAUCCUCCAAGAUCGUGCAUCUCGGGUGACUCAUUAAAUCGGCGAAAGCGUGGUUUACACAUCUCGUUCUGUGGCCAACGCCGCAGUUAUCUAGAAUCCCUCGAUGAACUGCAAGAACUACAACCUGGCGAAGAAGAGCAAGAAAUUAAAAGAAGGUUGAUCGAUGCGCAAACUGAACCACAGUCCGUUUGUACAUUAUCGUCGGCGACACCUGGGCAACGUUUCAGUACGCCUGCGAGCACAAGUUUGGAAGAAAGUCGCGGAACACGAAAAAGACUCUCGUUCAAAUUAACGGACGAUUCUCCCAUUGCGCCAGGUUCUAGAGCCAUAGACCGUAGAAAAAGUGUAUUAGCUAGAAAUACUUCUUUUAGCGUAUCACUUGGGGAAGCGGAUGACAGUACACAUGGGGGUUGCUCUGAUAAGCUGCUCCUAUCACCUCCACGUGCUAGUACUCCACAUGCGAAUGGGAACGAUGCACUUGAUGAAAAGUCGCGUCAGUAUUUGCCUAGCUUCGAAUACAGAAGCCACUGCACUGCGGGCCAUCAAUCCACACCACUAACUAAUUCGACGAACGGCAAAAGCUUUGUGGAGAUGAUGAGAGAACGCCAGGACCAACUCGAAAAGUGGAAGAAAUCAAGGCGGGUGAUUCCCUUUGAGCCUGAACAGAAUCCUAAACUGUCAAAUAACGAUUUCAAUAGCAAUGACGAAAUAGACGCCGAGCGGUUUGGCGCGGCAUCUUGCUCAUCCUCACCAUGGGCCGCCCUAUCAUGCGCUCGUACAAAAUCGUUUGGUGACAAUGGCGUGUCUUCAGGCAUCGCGACAGUGGAAACUCCGGCAAACAGCAGACGCAACAAUGCAUUCCGACCUCUACUUAUCAAAGCACUGACCGAUGUGAAAAGAAAAAAGCCUUCCAAGCUGCUUAGUCGGAAGAGUGGUGUGCUAGCUGCAUCAUUGUAUGGAUCUGGGAUGAAACCGCCAAGUACACCCGGACCGUGCCUCGGCGGCGGAGGACCCAUUGUAGGUACUCCUGACUAUCUGGCUCCAGAGGUUCUACGCAGAGAACCUCACUCUACGAGUGUGGACAUCUGGGCGCUUGGAGUUUGUCUGUAUGAAUUCCUCGUGGGUUGUCCACCUUUCAUCGAUGAAACCGUUGAAAAGGUCUUCGACAAUAUACUUAAUCGAGCAAUCGAAUAUCCUGAUGAGGGCGAUGGAGCUUUGAGCGCCGAAGCGAUAGAGACUGUGGAACGUCUGAUCGAGCCACAAGUAGCUCUUCGGCCUUCAGCCGUAGCAUUGCGUGAUUUACCGCUUUUCCAGGGUAUUGACUGGAACAACAUACGAUCUUUAGAGCCACCGUGGAUUCCCCAACCGACCGACGAAAGCGACACAGCUUGCUUUGACGAACAUCGAGCCCAGUUCGAAGUGACUUUGUCAGCGUUGUGAUGUCAAUCUGCAAACAGAUUUACUCAUGCUGCUGGUUGGCAUAAAGAGCGCACGUUAUAGUGACAUCUUUACUGUACUAUGUCGGUUGAAGUCUUGGAAAAUUGAAAACGUUAAUUAUAAUCGUCUACGAAAAGAUUUGAACUUUUUUUUUAUGGAAAUAUAUCAGUAAUUGUAUUAGUGGUACACUUCUACCUAUCUUCUUUCAACAAGGAUAUCUUUUUGAAGUAAAGACAGCAUAUGACUUAUUUGUACGUGUGGUGAAUGUGAGUUACGUGACAACCUAAUAAACUGUAUAUCUAGCUAAAUAUCCAGUUAAUGAAUGUGCGUAUGUUUUCAGUUCGAGCGCUACAUUUCUAAUUACAAUGAGUGUAAAUGAAUAUACCGCCCAGCAAGUAAGAGAUUGUGCCGUUUCGUGCAAGGACGAUGAGCGUUGUAUUCCUGGUCUCGUGGUGUCCUUCUCUGCGCAUUUAUAAUACGUAGCGAUAUACACGGUAAUGCGAAGGCCCUGAAAAUAGCUACAUCACUGGGAUCUCUAAGUAUGGGAUUUCCCGUCUGAAUUGUAAGGCUUCUCAUUAUUUUUGCAAUAAAUUUAAUUUUUUUCCCAGCACUGUGGGGAUGUA